GCACAGGCGGCUAAUACUUGGUUUCUUUAAGAGAGCAGCAAAAAUUUGACAUUGGCAUGACAGAAAAAGGCAUGUACCCGCAAAAAAAAUGUUGCGUAAUAGUGAAGAGUGCUUUAGUCAGAGCAGACGUCUGUCUGUGUGACGCUCAGGCUGAAAGUUCGCUGAAGUUGGUGUAUGAAGUUUGAAGGAUCAACAAAUCUUAACAGCUCUGAAACUGUUCAGAAAAGGUGCUUGAACAACAAAAUCCAGUGUCAUUAUUCUGAAUCUCACAGACAUGGACCCUCAGGUGCCCAAAGACAAAUAUAAUGGCGUGUGGUGGAUUUUCUUCAUGCUGGGGUUGGGAACGCUGCUGCCGUGGAAUUUCUUCAUGACAGCCACCGUGUAUUUCACCAGUCGCCUCGCAGACCCUUUAAAUGAAGCAAACUUCUCAGCCAACGCGACUGAAGAAGCCACACGCAGCGUCUUACAGGCCAAGUUUAAUAAUGUGAUGACGCUGUGUGCUAUGGUUCCUCUGCUGGUGUUCACCUGCCUCAACUCGGCCCUUCACCAGAGAAUUCCUCAGAAGAUCAGGAUCGCAGGGAGUCUGGCGGCCAUUCUGCUGGUGUUUUUGCUGACUGCCAUCCUGGUGAAAGUAGACUUGGAGCCGCUGCCGUUCUUCAUCAUCACCAUGAUUAAAAUCAUCUGCAUCAACUCGUUCGGAGCCGUCCUGCAGGGAAGUCUCUUUGGAAUGGCCGGCCUUCUUCCAGCUUCCUACACGACACCCAUCAUGAGCGGACAAGGCCUCGCAGGAACCUUCGCUGCGUUCGCCAUGAUCUGUGCCAUCGCCAGUGGUUCUGCUUUACAGGACAGCGCGUUUGGAUACUUCAUCACAGCAUGUGUCGUUAUCGCCCUCGCAAUCGCAUCGUACAUCGCCCUUCCUAAACUGGCGUUUUUCCAGUACUAUCAGGAGAGUCAGCAGAACAAGCCAGCUGAGGAUGAAGAGAACAAGAUGAAUCUGCUGAAGAAAGAUCAGCGGCAGCAGAGCGCCGGAGAUGACGACAAACAAACACCUUCCAUGCUGGCCAUCUUUAAGAAGAUCUGGGUCAUGGCUCUCUCUGUGUGUUUCGCCUUCACGAUCACCAUCGGCACAUUUCCGGCGGUCACUGUGGAUGUGAAAUCAACCAUCGCUGAUGGAGGAGCGUGGGAGAUGUACUUCAUCCCUGUGUCUUGUUUCCUGUUCUUCAAUGUGUUUGACUGGGCCGGCCGCAGUCUGACCGCAGUGUGUAUGUGGCCUGGUAAAGACAGUAAGCUGCUGCCGGCUCUGAUAGUGGCGCGUGUGAUAUUCGUCCCUCUCUUCAUGCUCUGUAACGUCCAGCCUCGCUCCAAUCUGCCCGUCUACUUCUUACACGAUGGCUGGUUCAUCGCCUUCAUGAUCCUCUUCGCCUUUUCCAACGGAUAUCUGGCCAGUCUGUGCAUGUGCUUCGGACCCAAGUGAGUAGAGGACACAUCCA